AUGCCAUCGCGCCGCGUCGCCGUGAUCGGCGCAGGGGCCGCGGGCCUGGUGGCGGCGCGGGAGCUGCUGCGGGAGGGCCAUGCGCCAGUCGUCUUCGAGGCGCAUGCAGCAGCAGAAAUUCAGAUUCAAAACCAGCGAUGCUUCAGAAGACUUGAUUGCUCGAGGAUCCAAGAGUCCAGUGACAUUCAGGCAUUCGAUUUUCAGAUUCAGAUUGCGAUGGCGUUUGGGUCGAAACGUAAGUUAGCAGAUCGGAGUGACAUCGAGGAGGAUGACGCCGAUGAUGUUGAUCUCAUCAAUUCCGAUGAUGAGCGUAAUAGCGCUGAUGAACAAGAUGAAUCUGCCGAGCAUGGUACUGCAAAACCUGCUAAAUCCCUUCUAGAUGAGGUAUUUUUUCUUGAUGCACCUAAAGGGAAGAACUCUGGUGGAUCAAGACCCUGGCGAUGCAAACAUUGUGAUAAGAAGUACACUAGUAGUUAUACAAGAAUUCAUCAGCACUUCUUUGGUGUUGGUCCUGGCAAGACAAAACAAAUUGCUCGCUGCUCUGUCGCAAGUGAUCGCGUCAAGUAUAAGAAAAUAUAUGAUAAGUAUCACCAACCUGAGAAAGUACAAGCUUCAGGCUCGGCGCCUAAAAAGCAAUUAGUAGAAGCUUUUGCUGGGGUGGAAAGAGAUGCAGUGGACAUGCAAAUAAUGUUGUUCCUUUGUGCUAAUGGAAUUCCCUUUAAUGUGUUGAGAAGUCCUCAAUACUAUGAAAUGGUAGCAGCCAUCCAGAGAGCACCAAAGGGAUACAAACCUCCUGCAUAUGAGAAGGCUAGGACUACUCUUCUAGAUGCAUGUAAGAGAAAGGUGGAGAAUGAUUUGGCUCCGGUUAGACAAACAUGGUAUUCCCAUGGUGUCUCUGUUGUUUCUGACGGAUGGACAAAUAUGAAGAACCAUCCAUUAAUCAACGUAAUAGCAUCGAAUAGCCAUGGUUCAAUGUUUCUGUACGCAAAAGACUUCUCUGGAGAAGAGAAGACAGGUGAAUCCAUUGCAGAAUUCUUACUGCAAGCCAUUGAGGAGAUUGGCCCUUCCAAUGUCCUUCAGGUCAUCACUGAUAAUGCAUCUAAUUGCAGAGUUGCGGGUGAAGAAAUUGAGAAAGUAUGUUUUUCAUUGUUUGGUACAUUGAUUUUAGUUUGAGGAUCACGUAUAUCC